UAGUGCUAAAAUAAAGCAACACAGUUGAAAAGGACAAGGUGAAGAUGGGGAAGAACAAAGGUGCUGGAAUUCCACAAAAAGAACAGUUUCAAAGAAUGCAAUACUUAUAUCAGGCUGCCAAUCAAUGUAUCAAGUCUGACCCUAGAGAUCUCAACCUUUGCCGAUUUUAUCUUACAACAAUGAGAAGCAUAGCAAAGAAGUCAGUUCUUAGAUUACAUGUUGACAUAAAGAGAACAAUGUGUAAGAAGUGUUGUGUUUUAUUGAUACCAGGAGUAACAGCCAUUGUGAGGACAAAAAGUAAAAAGGAAAAACACCUUGUUGUUACCUGCCUGGAAUGUGAUACAGUUAAAAGAUUUCUCCUGAGAAAAGACUACAAACUUUGGUUAGAUAAUCCAGAAGCUUGGCUUGACAAUAUACAGCCUAUAACAGAUGUCCCAUCAGCAAAUAAAAAACAGAAUAAGGAAGAUGUCAAACAAUGAAAUAUUAGUAAGUAAAGCAUGUACAAUGAAUGUGUAUACCGGUACAUCAUUCAUGAAAGCUGGAGGAUGCUACAGAAAACAAAUUCUUGUAAAGGGAACAGAAUGUUAGCAAUAAUUCCAGGAAUUAAAUUGUCAUGGACACAGACAGUAUGUUAACAGGGAAUGGAAAUAUGGAAUAUAAUGAAAGGAUAUGGAUAAAACUAUCAAAAUUUGUUGUGUAUUGGAAUUAUGACUGGACGAAUUAAACAAUUAAAUAAAAAAAUAUUUC